UGAACGCCGCCAUUGUUUGAGCGGAUUAUGUUGGUCACCCUGGCGCUAUUCUACGCGCACAUGCGCAGAACGACAGGUGGUCGGCGACUCGACCCAGCCGUCUCGUCCGAACCUAUCGACUUCUCAUCCUCAUCAGGCGCUUUCGUGCUCUAGCAAGAAAGAUGUGCAGUGCUUUGUGUUGAAGUGCUCGUGGUGACAUGGCGUCUUUUAAUUAAUUGUUAUAGCAGUUCUGGUGUUCAAAAUUUAGUUUAUUUACGAUGAGUGUGAAUUAUGAUCGUGUUUGUAGACUGUGCUUGUCAUCUCGGGGCGAAUUACUGCCGAUUUUUCCUACCACCAGUUCGGAUGACUCGGAGCCUCUCGUCCUCGCAUCAAAAAUCAAGGAUUGCGUGGCCGUACAAAUAAACGAGAAUGACGGCUUGCCAUCGAAUGCCUGCAGGAAAUGCGUGGAUAACGUCAAUAACUGGCACAUAUUUAAGACAGUAUGUGAAAGGACACAAAACAAACUACAGUCUCUGAUUAAAAAAGAUGGCAGCCAACUAGAAGAGGUAAACAUAAAAAGUGAACCUUUAUCAGAUGAGGCCUAUGAUGAUGGAGUGGUUAUUGAUGGAGGCUAUAAUGAGGUUGCCAGUAGCAGUAAAGCACAGCCAGAAGGCCCUCCAAUCUUGGCUUCGCUGGGGCUCACACCGCGGAGUGAUAAGGGCGUCGAGAGCGAAAAAGACGAGGAGGAGGAAGAAGAUGAAGAGAUGAUGGAGCAGGCCCAGCAGCAGUACACCAAGGCCGUGCCCAACAUGCCGGAGGUGUCCAUCACGGUCAUGCGGCCCACGGGGGAGACGCUGCACGCGCGCCAGGGCAUCCAGCAGCUGGCGUCCAAGGACUGCCUGGUGUGCGGCCGCGCCUACAGGUACUCGCACAACGCGCGCCGCCACGAGCUCACCGCGCACAGCUUCGACCGCUACACCAACAAAAUCAACCCGCCCAAAAAACCCAACCCCACCAAACACUUGCAACCCAAGCUCAGACUCAACCCGUUCAACCCCAAAGCGCGACUCAUGCCCAACCCCAUCAAUCACAAGCAGUUCCAAAAACCGAUGCCGUCUAGGAUCAUGCCCUCCCGAAUUGUCGCUCCCCCGAAACCUAUACCGAUCAAGCAACCGAGCAAACCCGUUCAUAACAACUUACCAUACCCCUUGCGUAUAAAAGCACUGAAGGAUCUGCAAAUUAAGAAGAAGGAACCGCAAAUCUUGAAGACGCUCCUCACUUCUAAACCCGAGCUGUUGGUCUCUGAGCCCGAAAUUAUCAAUUCGGGACCGGAGAGUCCGGAAACUUUAAUAUCCGAGCCGGAAAUAGCGUCUUUCCAAGUUGAAACUAUUUUGUCCGAACCCAGUUACGGCCAAAACCAGGAGGAGGAGGAGGAGGCCGAUGAAUCCCAUAAUCAAAACCAACAUUAUGACACAGUUGAUAUGGAGUCCGAUAACGAGAUCGAAAUCGCCCGCCAACAAGAGAAUGAGGGGGAAAUAGAUGAGACCCAGGAGGAACAUGACGGAGAUGAUAACAUGCAACAAGAUAAUGAACCAAUGGAAGGCAUAGAAGGUGAAGUGAGUGAGAACGAGAAUGGACAACAGGAGGAAGAUGACGAACAAGGCGGCAGCCAGGGAGACAUUACGAUAGACGAACAAAAUGAUAUUCAAGUUGAGGCCGAGAGAGAUAAUGGUGAAAGCAAUGGAGACAGAGAGGAGGAACAGGAAGACGGUAACGAUGCCGAGGAGAACGAAAACGAAAAUGAGGAGGACGAGGAUCUCCCGCCGGGCUUAGCGCCAGUUGUGGAAAUCAACGAGGAUAUGCAAACUAAUUCAUACAACAGCGAACAGAAUGAAGACGAAGAGGUGGAGAUCGAAGAAUCCGCUGCCAAUGAAACUAUCGACGAAGAUGUUAAGGAAUUUGAUCCGGACAAGAUCUACGUCACGAAAACACAGAGAGAUUUUAUCAACAAAUACAGAGAUAUCAUACAACAGAUCAACACUAAAAGAUGUAUUUGCUGCGAUAAAGAACAUCCCCGCAGAAAAGCCGUCAUACAACAUUUACAGAAAAAUGGACACAAAGUACCAAAACACACAUGCUAUAAUUGUGUUAUAACUUUUGGCCAUAUUGGCGCAUUGCUCAGUCACAUGAGAGCUAACGUUUGCACAGACUUGUGGAAAGUCAUUUACAAUGAACAGGGAAUAACUGACGACCUGGUCAUGGAAGAGCCCAAAGAUAAUAAGGUUCAGUAUAAGGAUAUCUUCAAUGCUAGAUCGUAUGCAUGUAAAUUGUGUCCGGCUAAAUUCCAACUUAAACAGUUUAUUAUGAAGCACGUUCUGGAUGUGCACGAGGACGGCCAGUCCCGGGUGCAAAUGGCUUGCGUACACUGCGGAUCCAGAUUCAAAGAUAGGUCCCUGUGGAAGAGGCACAUCCGGAACGGGGAAUGCACAGUUUACAUCGCAUGCGAUCUAUGCCCUGAGAAAUUCGUCAAUAUGCAAGACUUCAACGACCACGCGCUUCAUGUCCACGCCGGCAGCUUCGAUCCCGACAAUCAGAAAAAUUGUAUCGACGGCCGCCCCACCGACUGCCCUCUGUGCGGCAAGAAACACGCCAACUAUCCUAUCUUGGUGAAACAUUUGAAGACCGCCCAUAACGAGGACAGACCACAUUACUGCCAGAAUUGUGAUGCCAAAUUCGAAACCAGCGUCGACCUGAAUAAGCAUAUUUACGCCGAACAUUCCGAUAAAGUAUUGGGAGCGCAGCCCAUCGAGCCCGACAUGUCGCUCGUCAAGGAGGAAGCGGAGGAAUAUCAUUACUCGUGCACGGAAUGUAACGCCAUAUUCGAAACCGUAGACGCCUGGACCGACCACCAGGUCGCGGAACACAAUCAAGUCGCGCACCACUGCGACCAGUGCGAAAAGAAGUUCCUGCGCCCGUCCGAGCUGGCGGAACACAAAAAUACGCAUUUGAGAGUGAAGUUCUACCCCUGCAGUGUCUGCUCCAACUCCUACAGCACGCCGCAGAAACUGUCCGAGCACGUACAGCAGGCGCACCCCGGCGCCGCCGCCAUGGCCGCAGCCGACUCCGAAUUCUUUUGUGACAUUUGCAUCAGGUCCUUCAAAAGUCGACAGGCCUACUCCAACCACAUGCGCAUCCACGCUAAAGUUCCCACCACAAACAGAAAACCAGGCGAGGCUAAAGGGUUCGCCCCACAGAUAAUCGGAAAGCCGAUCAAGCAGUUCCCCAUGAUCCAGACGAGCUUCGCGGCGUUCAAGCCCAACAUCAAUGUUCCGAACGCCCCAUACUGCUGUGACAUAUGCGGAAAGGGCUUCAUGCACAAGAAAAAUAUAUGGAAGCAUAAGAAAGUUUUGCACGCGGAUAUCCUCAACGAGAGGAACGACAGCGAGGAGAACACAAUGCAGGCGUCCACGGAGGAGGACGAAUAUAACGUCGACGAAAACGGUAUCGCGUUGUCUACGCCACAAUUCAACAGUUUCAACUUUUCUAAUUUCGCUAACAACGCACAACAACAUCAACAGCAGCAGCCGCAGCAGCCGGCGGCGGCGGCGGACGCGAUGCCGUUCUCGUGCGAGCUGUGCUUCAAGCGGUUCCCGCUGCGGACCAGCCUCUGGAAGCACAAGCGCGCCAAGCACGGCAUCAUCAACGCCAGCGCGUCCGGCAACCCCGAGAACCAGGCGCCGCCCUCCCAGCCCUCGGAAGGCGGCAGAUCCAGCUGCACGAUUUGCAAGAUAACGUUCUCAGAUAAAAAGUCUUAUUACCGUCACAGAAAGAACGUGCACAAAUCUUCGGCACAAAUAUGUAAGAUUUGCGGGAAACCGGUGAACUCGACGCUGGAGCUGUACGAACACUUGAAGGCCGCGCACGCUCGGGAAUUACUAGGAUAUAACGCUAACCAGGGCACGAGUAAAGCGCAAGACAUAUCUCAGGAGGGUGAGAUGGAGUACGAGGCCGAACCCGAAAUCGCGGACCCCAGCGCGGAGUAUCAGGCUCGAUACCCGUGCGACACGUGCGGGAAGCAGUUCGUGGGUCUACUCGCGCUCCAGAACCACCAGUGUAUAAACCAAACUGUUUCGGAGCCGCAAACUUUCGACUGUGAGAUCUGUCACAAGAGCUACACGUCGAUAGCCGCGCUCAAGAGUCAUCGCGGCUGGCAUCUCCGCUCGCCCGACGGCAAGGCUGCCGCCAACAACAGCGGCCUGUGGAUGCCGCAGCACAAAGUCACCAGCAAGGUCAGCAAGCACGAGGUCGUCGACCCCUCCCAGCUCGCGAGGGUCACCCACUCCACCCCCACCGCGACCGCCACCACCAAGAGAAGACUGCCCCCGGAGGUCGAAGUGACCGUCGUCAACCCUAACAAGAAAUUGAGGUCCGACGAUUCUAUGGAGCUCGAGCAGCAGAACAGCAUGCCCGGCACCCUAGAAGAUAGAUACUGCACCAUUUGCGACAAAGAGUUUACAAAACGCGCGGCGUACCAGCGCCACAUGGACGAGGUUCACCAACCCAACUCCGUAUUCUGUCCCGUGUGCGACAAGAGCUUCACGCGCAAGUCGACCCUGCUCGUGCACAUGAAGAAGCACUACGGCGGCGACGGCGAGACCAGCUCGAGCGCGAUGGGGCAGGCGGAGGAGGAGGCGCUGGCGUGCGACGUGUGCGGCGGGCAGUUCGGCAGCGACGCGGCGCUGCGCGCGCACCGGGCGCGCCACCACGCCGAGGAGGAGGAGGACGAGUCCGAGGACGACGGCGACGUGCCGCUGGCGCAGCCCGGCGAGUUCACGUGCGGCCAGUGCGGCGACGGCGUGGCCACGCCGCGCGACCUCAUCGCGCACCGCACCAUGCACGCCACGCCCACCAAGUUCUUCUGCAACAUCUGCAAAGUUUACUUCGCGCGAGCCCUAGACCUGUCCUCGCACACCCGCGCGAGGCACGCCGACAACGAAAAGGUUUACUUCCCCUGUGCCAUGUGCGAACGCUUCUAUAUGAACAAGAAGAGUUUACAGAGACACAUUGAGAUGGCUCACUGAUAUUGAGUUGAGCUCGACUGCUUGUAGGGUUAAGUUAGUUUGAACCGGGUUUGACGAUUACUGCUACUAAACGCGAUAAAUACGUAUAUUUAGAAGUCGUUUUUGGCCAAUUGACUUGGCGUACGACUUUUGUAAAUGUUUGAAGCUGUCGGGGAGUCGUGGCUUUGCCGGGGGUCUGCCGUCAUUCCUUAGAAUCCUUAGAUGUUACUUUAUGGUUGGACGUGUGUUGAUUUUAUUGUCUCUCGUAAGCAUUGCUCACUUCUCUUAUUUUUAUUUACGAUAUUCACUUUGACAUUGUUGUAUGGAGUGACAGUGAAAAAUACAUGUAAUGUGUUUUAGGUACUUACUUAACAUGACUUUCAGGAUAUUAUCUGUUGAGAUGUAACGAAUUAUUUUCUAUAUUUUUAAACAUUGGAAUAUUGGGCCAAAAUUGUGAAAUAUAGUCAAAAUUAGUCAUAAACCAGUGUUAAGAUUAGAUACGAGUCAUGCCUAUAUAUACUUGCGUUUUCUACAAUUAUGGGUAUAUUAUGAUGAAGCGUCAAUAUAUUCUAUUUAAGUUUGGGAUGUUAUUUUGCAUGGAUAGGAUUUCACCAUAUUUUUUUAUAGCAAUAUUAUGAAUAUGGUGAUAAGUGGUGGUCAAUCUAAUGGCUCAGUUUCAUUGGUCGAUAACUCUGUCGAUAUACAGCAUGCGGGUGACUCUCGCAGGCGGUAAGGUGAAACGACGACUAGUGAAACUCAUAAUGGCAUGAUUUAUGGAAAUCUCCCGCAUCCCGCAUGCGGGCCCUAUCGACCAAUGAAACUGAGCCAUAAACAAUAUCAGCGUAUUAAGACGACAUGACUUCGGUACAUUGACACUCCACCCUGAUAAUAUUAUUAAGACCAAUGAGAUCGGUCUUCAAUGAGUUAUUUUUGUAUUUAAAGUAUACAUUCAGUUUUACUUUAUUCUGUAAAUAUAUUAAUAGUUUAAUUUAAAUUAAUACUAAUGGUAAAAAUAGGACAUUUUAGUUAACAGAAGCGUACUAAAAGGGGACGUUUAAGUUUUAUUAAAUUGUACUGAUUAUUUUUAGACAUUUCAAGUGUAUAGUAUUUUAUAAUUACCACUAAGGGCAUAGCGCCUCAUCUAUGGCUAUAACUAUACUGUGAAGCUAUCUAUAGGUACUUAAUGGCCUUCAAAAUGCUCUUAGGUUAAUCUCAUAGCGACUGCAUUUAUUUCAGCUCGGUGGUACCACUUCUUUGGUUGUUAAUAAUAACUUUAUUUUAUUGCACCUUUAUGACAUUUAUUACCAACCGCCAAAAAUGGUACCUUACCUACCACUUAUACUCUGUGUCUUUAGGUAUUUAAAUAAAAGUAAGCAAACAAUUUGUACAAUAACAUUUAUUGGUUAACGAACCAAAUACAAAACUACCUGGAUCUGUCACUGAACAACCUGACUUUAACCUACAUUAUUUGAUCAUGUAAUGUUUUCGUCUACCCUCAACUGGCUUUGGAGCCAUUUGAGGGUAGAUUUUGUUUACUUUUAUUUAAAUACCUAAAGAUAGAAAGCUACAGCUGUAAAUGCAUAUUUGAUACCUAAAAUUUUGGUGUUUUUGGUAUUAGCUAUCAAGGUAAAACACGUGUAUGGGCGCAUACAACAAGCGAAUUAUAGUGCAAGAACGUUUUAUAUUGUAAAACAGCUUGCAAAACGACAAACUACGUCGUUUCCUUUUACGACAUUAUGUAUUCUUAUUGUUUAAAUUAGUAAUUCAUACACUUACACAAGUUUCAAACAGAUUAUAAUAAUAAUAUGUAUAGUAUUCGUUCUGUUGGCGAAUCCAAAUGUUUAUACUUUUGCACUGUGAAUAUUUUAUACUUCUAGAAGUAAACUUACCAUGGAUCUUGCAAAACUCAUCACUGGAAAGCAAAAAGUGCCAAAGCUUUUCUUAAUUUGCUUCAUCGUAUAUAAAAUAUUUAAAUAAUAGCUGUAAGAUUGUUCCUGUAAUACUGUUGUACAUUUAAAAUAUGACUUGGGAUAUCAAAUGUUAUUUCAUAAAUUAUAUUCUUAUUGAACUGACGAAACAAAUUCGAGGUAUCUUAACACAAAAUGUUUUACAAUUGUGUUUAUUAUUUAUAUGAGCUGCAUUUAUGCUUGCAAAUUUGCCACUCAAUGAUUAUUACAAGCCGUCAAUAUAAAUCAAAUCAUUAAAUAUUAUUUACGCACAAGUAGUCAGUAUUUCUCGUCUGAUGAUGUUAUAAUGUGGUGCCUUUUCAUGUUUGUUAAAAAUGUAAAAAUAAUUAAAAGCAAAAUCAUCAGUUACAUACAAGCGAUUUCGUCUGUAAUGCUAAUAAAGAGGCAUAUAAGUUAAUGUAAUUGUAUUUUUUUAAUUUGAUAUUUCUCUAAAUGUAUUAUGAUUUAUUUAAAUUAUUUUUAUCAGACCAGAAAAUUGUAUUUUAAUAUUUAACAGGAGCUCCUGGAACUAUUGUGUACUUUGAUUGUCGUUUAAAAAACCAAAUAUCAUUUGUCUUUAUUAAUAAUGAUUGGCAUUUUUUGUUUUAUUUUGGAGUCCUGUAAAGAGUAUAUUUAUAAAUUAAAAAAAAAAUCCUUACAUUAUCCAUAGAUGAGGUUUACUUUUGUCAUCUUUGUGGUUUGAUAAAUAAAGCGAAAUAAAUGAA